CGCAGUUUCUGCAGACGUGGUAGCGGCUGGAAACGUGCUCAAAUGUUUACGUAUGUGAGUUGGUAAAAGGGUGUUUUUAAAGACGAGACCAACCAUGCUGGACUUCGCCAUCUUUGCUGUCACAUUUGUCAUCAUUUUGGUCGGUGCUGUUCUAUAUUUGUAUCCGUCAUCCAGGCGUGCCUCUGGUAUUCCAGGCCUCAACCCUACAGAUGAGAAGGAUGGGAAUCUCCAAGACAUAGUGAACAGGGGCAGCCUGCAUGAGUUCUUGGUCGGUCUGCAUCAGGAGUUCGGGCCGGUGGCGUCAUUCUGGUUUGGCAGCCGUCCGGUGGUCAGCCUGGGCUCCGUGGACCAGCUGAGGCAACACAUCAACCCCAACAGGACCACUGACUCUUUUGAGACGAUGCUAAAGUCAUUGCUAGGUUACCAGUCGGGUGUGGGAGGUGGUGCCACGGAGACCCUGAUGAGGAAGAAAGUGUACGAGAACGCCAUCAACAACACGCUGAAGAAUAACUUCCCUGUCAUGCUCAAGCUGGUGGAGGAGUUGGUUGCAAAGUGGCAGUCUUACCCUGAAGCGCAGCACACCCCUCUGUGUGCCCACCUAUUGGGGCUGGCCAUGAAGACGGUCACCCAACUGGCCCUGGGUCAGCAGUUCAGGGAUGACGGCGAGGUCAUCCGCUUCCGCAAGAAUCACGAUGUGAUCUGGUCGGAGAUCGGGAAAGGAUACUUGGACGGAUCUUUGGGGAAGAGCUCCAGCAGGAAAGGACAUUAUGAGAACGCGCUGUCCGAGAUGGAGUCGAUGCUGCUGGCGGUGGCCCGGGACAGGAAGUCACAGAGGAACCAGACGGUGUUUGUGGACGGGCUGCUUCAGUCCAGCUUCACAGAGAGACAGAUCAUGGAGGACAGCAUGGUUUUCACAUUGGCUGGUUGCGUCAUCACUGCGAACUUGUGUACCUGGGCUGUCCACUUCCUGUCCAUGUCAGAGGAAGUCCAAGAGAAGUUGCACCGGGAGCUGGAGGAGGUUCUGGGUUCGGACCCAGUUUCCCUGGACAAGAUCCCUCAGCUGAGAUACUGCCAGCAGGUCCUCAAUGAGACGGUGAGGACAUCUAAACUGACCCCCGCCGCCGCCCGGCUCCAGGAAGUGGAGGGGAAAGUUGAUCAGUACGUCAUUCCGAAAGAGACUUUGGUGAUCUACGCUUUAGGAGUCGUCUUACAGGACUGUGAAACCUGGAGUGAACCAUACAGGUUCGAUCCAGAUAGAUUUGAGGAGGAGUCGGCCAGGAAGAGCUUCUCACUACUCGGUUUCUCAGGAAAUCAGGCAUGUCCAGAGCUGAGGUUUGCUUACACUGUAGCUACUGUUCUGCUCAGCACGCUGGUGCGGCAGCUGAGGCUUCACCAGGUGAAAGGUCAGGUGGUGGAGGUCAAAUCGGAGCUUGUGUCGACACCCAAAGACGACACCUGGAUCACAGUCAGCGAGAGAAGCUAGAAUGUGUCUCCAUCCUCACCAGGGGACAGAGAACUUUGGAGCUAUGUUUAAGAAAAAUGGCAAUACACUUUCCCUCUUAAAAAAAUCCAUGAUACUUGAAAUUUAUUUUUCAGUUUCUCUAAAACAGGAGGAUCCACUUCGUCAAUGGAUACUAGUUAACAAAGGUGUGAAUUUUCAAACAGUUGAUUAUUUUGCAAUGACUUGACUUGUUUGUUCUGGAAAAUGUUGUUUGUCAGAAUAUUUCUUCAGCAUGGGUGUAUUUGCUGUCUGCAGUGGUCAAGUCAGUUUUAUUUGUAUAGCCCAAUAUCACAAAUUACAGUGGUGAUAUUUUUUUCCUCCAGCCACUAUUAUUCUUUUUACCAUCUGUGGUCUUCAUCUUUUUUUGCAAGGCUUUGUGGUGUUCAGCCGAAGUUAAACAACAUUUUUAAUGCGAGUUGACCUACGAAGAUUCACAUUGGCUUGCUUGUUUUAGAUUCUAUAGUGGUUAAAGAAAAGAGCGCAUGGCGGUCUAUUCCGUUCCUACCAACACGGGGAUCGCCAGUUCGAAUCCCCAUGUUAUCUCCGGCUCGGUCGGGCGUGUCUGUGGGUGGGAAGCCAGAUAUGGGUAUCUGUCCCGGUUGGGGUAAUUGGACAGGUACAAUUUAGGAGAAAGGGGGGGGGGCAACCCAGUGUUUUGAUGCUUUUUUUUUAUUGAGAUGAACACCACUAGUGCAGCUCUCAUUUCCACCUGGAGUUCUUCUGACAUGAGCAUUCCACAAGACACGGAGUGCUGCCUGUCUCCUAGUGGAUUUAUUCAUGUACCUGAUAUGCCUUCUAGUUUCAUCACCUUUUUAAAGAAAUAAAGCA